AUGCCUUCUGAAAUUUGUCCAAAAUGUCAAAAAGCUGUUUAUGCUGCAGAAAGAAAAAUAGCCGGUGGUAAAGCAUGGCAUAGUAUGUGUUUAAAAUGUGGUUUGUGCAAUAAAAUGUUAGACAGUACUACAGUGGCUGAACAUGAAGGAGAAGUAUUUUGUAAAACUUGCCAUGGUCGUAAAUUUGGUCCUAAAGGUUAUGGAUUCGGUGGAGGUUCUGGAGCAUUGAAUAUGGAUACUGGAACUCAUGUUGGUAAUAAAGAAACAGAAAUGUCAAAUAAACCAACAGCUGGCGCAAUAGGUGGUAAAGUUAUACCUCCGGAAGAAGGUGGUUGCCCACGUUGUGGUAAACGAGUAUAUGAUGCCGAAAAAGCUAUUGGAUGUCCAAGUGGACUCAACUUUCAUAAAGCUUGUUUCCGAUGUAAAGUAUGCGGGAAAUCACUUGACUCAACCACGUUGUGUACUCAAAAGGAAGAAAAAGAAAUUUAUUGUAAAGCUUGUUAUGGAAAAAAUUUCGGACCAAAAGGUUUUGGUUUUGGACAAGGUGCUGGUGCAUUAAAUAUGGGUUGAUUAUUAUAUUAUAAGAUAAUUCACAAUCAAUAUUAUUUUCUGACAUUAGUUUCGGUAAAACAAAGAAAAAAAGAAACGAGCCAAACACAAAUCGAUAAUUCAUCUUGCUCGAUAACCUUUUUUUUUCUACCUAAAAUAAUUUUUUUUCGCUUUUUAAUUUAUAAUUUUCAUUUUAGUCAAUAGUUAAACAUGAUUGUAACCAUGAGAAAUCACAAACACAAACACACACACACAUACACACAAAGUGUUUACUUAUCUUUUUACUAAAACAUCUUUAAAAUAAACAAAUCAACAC